GGGGGUCUGCGCUGGGGUCUGAGAUCCGGAGGGGCCGCUGGUGGGGAUCGAGCCUGGGACUGGGCCGGGUGCGCGCAAGGUCUCCCAGGCUCCCCGUCCCUGGGGCCGCCCCCGCCCGUACCGGCGUGUUUUCCUGCGUCCCGGCCUCGGCUCACGCUCCGCUCUCUGCCUGGAGUUGAGCGUCUGUCGGGUACGAGAAAUAGCUGUUACUUGUUCCACUUCGGUUUUGGAUUAUGUCCCAUGAGACUCUACUUAUCUGAACCACUUGGCUCUUGUCUCCCUCGCCUAGAUUCUGAAGACAGGAGGAGCUGAUGCCCAGAGCAGCACGUGACUGGUCUUCAGAAUGGCCGCAGCCCCCCAGGCACCAGGGAGGGGCUCUGUGCGGAAGACCAGACCUUUACCUGUGAAGACAUCAUUGAACAACCCGUAUACCAUCCGCUGGGGUGCCCUGGACAGGGAGGAUAUGCACUUCAUACUACAGACCCUGGAGGACAGGAUUAAAUCUCUUGGGCUUCAGAAGACUGAGAACAGGAAGAGAAAGAGAAAGCAGCCCGCUUUGAAAACACAAAGCGGAGACACGUGCAGCAUGGAUGUGGACACUGGUGAGGGUCUGAAGGAGGAAAAGCCAGAAGGUGAGCCCCAGGCAUCAGGGUGGACCCCUGCCGACGUCAGAAAGCAGCUUGCCAUCGGCAUCAACGAGGUCACCAGAGCCUUGGAGAGGAACGAGCUGCUCUUGGUCUUGGCGUGCAAGUCGGCCAAGCCGGCCAUCGUCACGGCGCACCUGGUGCCGCUGAGCGCCAGCAGAGGUGUCCCUGCCUGCCAGGUGCCCCGGCUCAGUGAGAAGCUCGCACCCGCCAUGGGCUUGACGUGCGUCCUGGCCUUGGGGUUCAAAAGAAACACCGCUGCCUUUGCGGAGGAAGUGAGGGCCAUCAUCCCCAGAGUCCCCCGUCUGGACGUGCCGUGGCUCCGAGACACACUUGAAGACCCCGGGGAGAACCCGGAGAUGGAGUCUUUGGAAAGCCAAGACGAAGAGAUUUUAGACACUUCCUUCGAAGACCUCCCUAAAUCCAAGAGAAAGCUUGCUGAGGGUCAGCAGGCUGCAGUGUUACAACCCCUGAAAAUAAAGAAACUGAUUCCAAACCCCAAUAAGAUAAGGAAGCCACCCAAAAGUAAAAAAACGGCUUCAAAGUAACCUUGUAUAAACCUGUCACUUCAUACAGUUGUAAAACGCCACCUCGUAGAGAAGCCGCGAAUAAAAUGACUUUUACAUAUAUUCUUGGGA